GACAACUGGGAGACUCUUGUUGUCACUCUCAGCAAUUCUGCUCCUAAUGGUAAGGUGACUAUGCAGAUGGUCACAGAUGCCCUUAUGAAUAAAGAAGCCCGAAGGAAGGAAGCCGGGACAGAACAAUCAUAUGCCUUCGUGUCAGAAACCAACAGACGAGGGGGAGGCAGAAAUGGAAGAAGAAGUAGAGGUCGAGGUAGAGGCCAAGGUCAAAACAGAGGAAAUUCUCAAGUUCGCGGCCGAUCACAAGAACGAGGGGAAAAGGGAGGUUACCUCGACGGAUUCGUGAUACGGUGGUGGUAGAAGACUCGUUUGGGGACGGCGAAGAUCAGUGAUGGGUUGGCGGCAGCGGCAGCUCCUCCGUCUUCUCCGUUUUCCGUUUUUACGGUUAGCCCGGCGGAACUCCGGCAAGCUCGUUCUCCGUCGUUUCACGAUCGUUUUCGAUGAUUCUUUUUCCGUUGGACUCCUCUAAAGCAGGGGAAGAUCUCAGAGGUGUUUUAGAGGCUCGGUUAUGGCUAAAACGAUGGGUUGAAAUAUGUGUACACACACACACACAUAUAUAUAUAUAUACUAUUAUAUAUAUAUAUACGUAUUCAUGUAUAUAUAUAUGUUGAUCGAGCUCAGCUCUAUGUGAAUGGAAAAGAAGAUCGAGGGCUCUAUUUAUACUGAUACGUAGAGGGUUUUAGGCUGCGACUUUAGUUAAACAGAAGAUCCGAUUUUUGCUGAUGGAAUUCAAUCGGCUCUACCGCUCUACUCGUAUAGUAUGUAGAGUUGGGUUUACUACAGAUUGUUCAUUUUGUGUGAAACCGCGGCUGGAUUCAUUUUUAAGUUAUAUACAAGGAUACGUAGUUUAAAU